AUGGCAGACGCCGGCGUCGCCUUUGGCCCGAUCACGACCGCCAACGUCGGCGUGCUCCGCGUGCUCAACCGCGAGAUCUUCCCCGUUCAUUACACCGAUAGCUUCUACACGGACAUUGUCGAGACGCCGCAUGGGCUCUCCAAGUACGCCCUUGUGGAUGGCCUCGCCGUGGGCGCCAUCUGCUGCCGCAUCGAGACGACACUUCAGAAGCGCGAGCGCGUGUACAUCAUGACGCUCGGCGUCCUCGCUGCAUAUCGCCGGCAGCACGUCGGCGCAGCGCUACUGCAAAGCGUCCUUGCGUACUGCGAGCAAACGGGCAUGGACCACAUCUACCUCCACGUCCAGACGAGCAAUGCAGGUGCCAUCCGCUUCUACCUCGGCCACGGCUUUGAGAUCCGACAGACGAUCCAUAAUUAUUACAAGCACAUUGUGCCACCCGACUGCUACAUCCUCGCCAAGGCCUUUAGGCGAGCGUCGUUCUAGCACGCUCGAG